AAACAAACUAAAAAUAAACGAAUUUCGAAUAGCAUAAAUUCACAAGGGCUCUGCCAAAAGGAAAGUCAAUUAUAUAGCUACAGCAUCGAACAAUAAAGAUGGCCUUGAUAAGACUGGCUAGACAACUGGGUCUGAUCGAUACUAUUUAUGUGGAGGGAGCCCGACCAGAUCCAUCCAACGAUCCCGAGGAGUCGCUCAACGAGGACGAAAUUACAGCAGCCAACACAGUGCCAGUUAAAACCAAGAAGUCAAGAAAGUCCAAACAACUGGCCAUGCAGUCCUAUUCGUAUGUGAUCGCUGUGGACUUUGAGGCAACCUGCUGGGAGAAACAGGCGCCACCGCAAUGGCGAGAAGCGGAGAUCAUUGAAUUUCCAGCCGUGCUGGUCAACCUAAAGACAGGCAAGAUCGAGGCCGAGUUUCACAAGUAUAUCCUGCCCGUUGAGUCGCCGCGCUUGAGUUGCUACUGUACGGAACUGACUGGCAUCCAGCAGAAGACUGUGGACAGCGGAAUGCCGCUGCAGACGGCGAUGAUGAUGUUAUAG